AUGACCAAAAGAAUAGACAAGAUCCAAUACAUCUCAGACCCCAAUGGCACGUCAUACACUUACUAUCCAGUUGCCAUCAUUGGCGGUGGUGAGUCGGGUAUUGCCAUGGCCUGCCGGUUGCGUUCAGAGCUAGGUUUUGACCAGUUCCGCAUCUUCGAACGUAUGUCUGGCCUUGGAGGCACCUGGUAUGCCAACACUUAUCCUGGCAUUGCCUGCGAUGUACCUGCCAUUCUUUACUCCUACUCGUUCGCUCAAAACCCGGGCUGGACCAGCGUCUUUCCUUCUGGAAAGGAGAUCGUUCGCUACCUCUACGAUGUUUGCGCAAAGUACGAAAUCCUCGAUAAGAUCCAACUUGACACCUCCGUCAAGUCUAUUCGAUGGCUUGAUCAGGAGGAGGAAUGGGAAAUUGUCCUCGAGCAUCUGGCCCCCGGUGUGGGUGACCUGGCGACCCAUCAACGUGUGUCGCUAGAGCAAGAGCAAGGUACCACCGCAACAGUCUUGCGCACCGAAGUCGUCCGGGCCAAAGUCGUCGCCUCUGCCGUUGGCGGCUUGGUCGAACCCAAACGCCCAAUCGAUUUCCCUGGUAUUGACACCUUUGAGGGUGAAGUAGUCCAUACUGGGCGUUGGAAAAAAGACAUUGAUCUCCGAGGCAAGAAUGUCGUGGUUGUCGGAACAGGAUGCUCAGCUGCUCAGGUGGUGCCACAGCUCGUCAAGCCUGAGUACGGUGCGAAGCACGUCACUCAACUCAUGCGCUCACCUCCCUGGGUUGCCCCAACGAUCCCAAAGGAUCUGGCUCGUUUUCUCUCUGAAACCGUGCCCAAAAUCUCCCGACGUAUCCCGGGUUUUCAAAACAUCCUCCGAAAAUUACUUUUUACUGCCAUCGAAGCUGAGUUCAUCAGCCUUUUCUCACCCACCGAAGCCGCCCGAAAACGGAGAGAGGCAAAAAGGGAUGAGCUUCUGGCUCAUAUGCACAAGUACGUCCCCAAAGAGUACCACGAGAUUUUGACUCCCGAUUAUGAAGUCUAUUGUAAACGGCGGGUGGUUGACGAAGGCUGGUUUAUGUCGUUGCAACAUCCUGACAUUGAAAUUACUACAUUACCCAUGACUUCCGUUCAGCCUCGCUCUGUCACACUGGGACCUGGGAGGUAUUAUCCACCGGUCUCCAAGACGGAUUCAAAAGUUUCGAACGAGGAGAGAACCAUUCCUACUGACGUUAUCAUUAUGGCCAAUGGCUACGAGACCAACGUCUGGCUACAUCCACUGGACGUGACUGGCCGCAACGGCAAAUCACUCUACAAGACCUGGGAAGAGCGUGGUGGAGCUCAGGCAUACCUUGGAACAGCGAUGGAUGGCUUUCCCAAUUUCUUCCUAAUCUUCGGCCCUAACACCGCGACCGGUCACUCAAGCGUCAUCCUGGCCAGCGAGAAUAUGGUCAACUACAGCCUGAAUUUCAUCAAACCCAUCCUCCGCGGCGACGUAAACACCUACGAGGUCAAAGAAUCCGCGGAGCGUGAAUGGACCAAAGGCAUCCAGGACGCGCUCAAGAACUCGGUCUUCAUGUCUGGCGGCUGCAGUAGCUGGUAUUUCAGCAAGGACGGCUGGAACGCCACUGUUUAUCCACGCACCCAAAUAGAUUUCACCUUGCGUUGCAUGUUCCCACGCUGGAGCCACUGGCAGGCUACUUACACGCGCAAGGGCCUCGUCAAGCUCACGUUGACAAGGCUCUUCAAGCUCUUCGCCCUCGUCGGUACUUUAUAUAGCGCCUACUUCGCCGUGAGGAAUGGCAGAGCCCGGACCAAAGACGCCCUUAAAGAUAUAUUCCUGCGCGCCAGGGAGGGUGUGCUAGCAUUGCUUUCGAGAGUGAGGUGA